AUGAACAGGCUCAUUUUUAGGCGAUUUCAAAGUACGCAUAAAGCUCUCUCACCAGCUCAAAAGGCAUAUCUGGACCGGGUGAUCCGCGUUGACCAGGCUGGAGAGCUUGGAGCGGAUUUGAUCUACGCAGGUCAAUAUAUGGCACUGUCGCACAAGCCUGCACUCAAGCCCGUGCUGAGACACAUGUGGGACCAGGAAAUACACCAUCACAACACUUUCAAUCGUUUGCAGGUUGAGCACAGAGUGCGUCCCUCGCUGCUGACCCCAGCCUGGAAAGUAGGUGCGUUUACAAUGGGACUUUUCACGGGUUUGCUUGGUAAAGAAGGUGCAAUGGCUUGCACUGAGGCCGUGGAAACUGUCAUUGGAAACCAUUACAACCAGCAGCUACGUGUGCUUGCCAAUAGAUUCCAAGACAUCGAAGAGAUAGAUAGCGAUAAAACAUCGGAUUCAGCGGAUAUUAGGAGCCUGAAGGAAACUAUAAAAGUGUUUAGAGAUGAAGAGCUCGAGCAUUUGGACACAGCAAUUGAGCACGACUCAAAAAAGGCUAGGCCAUACUGGUUGUUGACAGAAACCAUUAAACUCACAUGCAAAGCUGCCGUCUGGACCGCAGAGAGGAUCUGA